UCACAUAGGAAGAGCAGUCCCAGACCUGUAGGACCACAGGCAGCAUAUUAGGAGUAGUUAUUCUACCAUACAGCUAGCUGGAGAAGAACCUGCUGCUCUCUAUUCAACCUGCCAGGACUGUAUCGUGGAGAAGGACCAGACCUGGAGGACCUUCAUGGGCUAUAAGGACCUUCCUUCGUGCACAAGGCGGCAGAACCAGUCCACCUCGGGGAUCCGAACCUAGAGCCAAUUAACCCCCCUUCCAGAGAGCUUUGUGAAGCCUCUCAGUGCCAAUGCUGGCACAUUAGAGCCAACCACUGGGCAUUUGGUUUGGGAAGCACUUUCAUCUCUGACUGAGCAACCUCUCACGCCUCCUGUCCAUUGAUAUCGGUAGUCUGGGAUCUCCAUCAUUUAGAGGAGCUAUCUGCAGAAAGACGGCCCUUCAGCCACACUGGUGUUACAGAGCUGCUAAGAGUUUGGGGCCCCUGUCUCGUGGAUCUUCCAGCAACCCUCAAUAUAUCAGCCAACCAAAGACGAUGGUGCACUGUGCUGGAUGCGAGAGGCCCAUCCUGGACCGCUUCUUGUUGAAUGUUCUGGACAGGGCUUGGCACGUCAAGUGUGUACAGUGCUGUGAAUGUAAAUGCAAUUUAACGGAGAAAUGUUUUUCUAGAGAAAGCAAGCUUUACUGUAAAAACGACUUCUUCAGACGCUUUGGUACCAAGUGUGCUGGCUGUGCCCAGGGAAUCUCCCCCAGUGACCUGGUCAGGAGGGCAAGAAGCAAAGUGUUCCACUUGAACUGUUUCACAUGUAUGAUGUGCAACAAACAGCUCUCCACCGGAGAGGAGCUCUACAUCAUCGACGAGAACAAGUUCGUCUGCAAAGAAGAUUACCUAAACAACAACAGCAACCCUGCCAAAGAAAACAGUCUUCUCUCAGUGACAGGCAGUGACCCCAGUUUAUCUCCUGACUCCCAAGACCCAUCUCAAGACGACGCAAAGGACUCUGAAAGCGCGAACAUCUCAGAUAAGGAGACUGGGAUUAACGAGAACGACGACCAGAACCUGGGGGCAAAGAGGAGAGGACCCCGCACCACUAUCAAAGCCAAGCAGCUGGAGACCCUGAAGGCCGCCUUUGCAGCUACUCCUAAACCCACCAGGCACAUCAGGGAGCAGCUGGCCCAAGAGACCGGCCUGAACAUGAGAGUCAUCCAGGUUUGGUUCCAGAACCGGCGAUCCAAGGAGCGGCGGAUGAAGCAGCUGAGCGCACUAGGAGCCCGUAGGCACGCCUUCUUCCGGAGCCCCCGGAGGAUGAGACCCCUGGUGGACCGCCUGGAGCCCGGGGAGCUCAUUCCUAACGGACCCUUCUCGUUUUAUGGAGACUACCAGAGUGAGUAUUAUGGGCCAGGAAGCAACUACGACUUCUUUCCUCAAGGACCUCCUUCAUCGCAAGCUCAAACUCCUGUAGAUUUGCCGUUUGUCCCUUCAUCUGGACCAGCAGGAACCCCACUAGGCACCAUGGAGCACCCAUUACCGGGACAUCACCCGUCUAGCGAGGCCCAGCGUUUCUCCGACAUUAUGUCCCACGCUCCAGGAGACUCCCCCAGCCCUGAGCCUAACCUUCCCGGUUCCAUGCACUCAAUGUCCGCAGAGGUGUUUGGUCAGAGUCCUCCUUUUUCAUCUUUAUCAGUUAACGGUGGUGCCACAUAUGGAAAUCACUUGUCACAUCCACCAGAAAUGAAUGAAGCUGCAGUCUGGUAGCUUUUCUUGAACAAUGGACCAUGUUGACAUCACUCCUGACAAUGGUGUGCUGUACAGAACUGGUAAAUCUAUGUGAUAGUCCCCUCUGAAUCAACAACAUUGUCUGGAUUGAAAUGACCAGAAAGCAAUGGAAUUACUGAAACAACAGAAGUGAGUAUUUCAGAAUAAAAACUAGAGAAGCUGUAGAGUCAAGUGCUGCAACAGCAUUGUUCUUCAGAGUGUCUAUUUUCUGCACCUCAGAGGUUGAAGACAUAAAACUAGCAGUCAUAUUAAUAAUAUAUUAUUCACCUGAACACAAGGGUGGGACACAACCUUUUAUUAGCCAAAAUAGCAAAUACAACAAUAUAAAGCCCUCAGCAUCAACUCUUCUACCUUGAAAAAGCUACUGACGCCAAUCGAGUAUCCUCACCAAGAAGGUCUGCUGCCAGGCCUGCUAUAGACUGACUACCUUCACUCCUAGAAAUCUAAGACUAUGGAACUCAAGCAGUCAACUGUUUACGUAUAUGACCUUCUAUUCAGGAGCCUAAACUUUUAGUAAUAAUCCACUUUUAGAAACCUCUGUGAAAAUCUCGAGAAAAAAAAGCAAAACGUUUUGAGCAAUCAACCAAAUGAUGAAUUCUUGUUAGUUUUGUUUUGUGUGGAUGAAGGGACUGACUGGAAGGACGUGCUACACUGUGCUAGUAUUUAGUCUCCAGAAGGCUACAAGAAAGGCAGGCGCCAAAUAACCCAAUAGCACAAAUAGGCCAGAGACAAGUUCCACCAUUUCCGAACAUUUGAUAUACUUUUUAGUCCCGUUGAGCGUUCAUUAAUGGCUUAUAUAGUCCCAGACAGGUUUUAUUUUUGUGUCCUUAAAAAAGUCAAAAAUAUUUAAAUUUUAUGGUCAAAUAUGCAGUUCCGCUGCUUCUUCUUUAUAUAUUAAAUUUGUCAUACGUCUUUUAUUGUUAUUAUUAAGCCUAAGCUUGUGUGACCUCCAGUGCAUACUAGACCAUUCACUGUA